AUGCCUAUGCUUAGCCUGGAGUUAUACGAAUUGCCCAAGACCGCGGCCCAGCUGGCGGCCGACCUGUCCAGCCCCUCUUCCUCGUGCUCAGUGACGGUGCGGCGCGCUGCUGGGGGGCCAGUGGCGUGGACCGGCGAGGUGCGGCCCACGGAGGACGCGGCAGCCAGGCUGCUGCUGUGCCGACUGGCUUGCAGUGGAGGGCUGCGCGCGCCGGAGGAGCAACCUGGGCGGCAGCAGGAAAUGGGCGAUAUCGCCCUACUCUGGGAGGAUCGCUCCAAUCAGGCCGAGGUGGACGGGGAGGGCAGUGUGACCUUCAGCGUGGGCAGCAGGGUGGCGCGCGGACCGGGCUGGAGGGAUGGGGACCAAUACGACGGCACGCCCCCCGGACCCGGCACUGUGACAGCGGUCAGAACUGAAGUGAUUAGAAGUCAAGGCAAACGGAUACGGACGACGAUAGUAGACGUGAAAUGGGGCCGCACCGGCGUAAUAGGGACUCACUUUAAAGAGGGAAGCACCGAAGUACUCCGCUUGCUGCCGCCCGAGCUGAAACCACACAUUGGGUCAGAGGAAGAAGUCCUCGACGUCGCUGCCAUCAGUUUCUGCGUCAACAUACAACCCAAGGGAGAACUACUGGCACGCACUGUCUUCUCAUGGGUGCGCACGCUGCUGGGCCUGCACUGCGACGUGGACCCUGGCUGGAGCCUGACAGUGCUGCAGCAGACCGCGCCCCGCCUGAAGGCCCUGCAGCUGGUGUCGCCGCAGCAGCAGCACCUGGACGCGGCCCUGGCGAUGCCGCUGCUCGAGGGCCUCUGCGUGUGCAACGUGACGGGGCCGCAGCUGCAGCAGGUGGUCCGGAUGGCGUCGCUGCGCCGCCUGGAGCUGCACUGCCCGCCGGACGCCCCGCUGCCGGUGCUGGCGUUCCCGGGGACUGCCGCGGGGCUGCGGUGGCUGCGCUGCGGCGUGCACCCGCUGGUCACGGCGCUGGCCCUGGUGCGCGCGCACGCCGACACCCUGGAGGAGCUGCAGCUGGUGGCGGCCUCCACGGAGCCCUACGGCUGCCCCGACCUCGCUAGGGAGCUGGUGCGUUGUGGGCUCAAGGAACUCAAGAAGAUUGUGCUGCUGCGACAGUACGCGUUCGAAGCAUUUUGUGGCCAUGACAAGGAGAGUUGCGUGAAGCAGAAAGCGCAGAUAAUAGUUUCCUUUCUCUGCAAUGGUGGUUUAAGUGUGGAUGUGCUAUGCAAUGAGUGCAACGAGGGUUGCGAGGCGAAGUAAAUGCUGGUCGAAUAUCACUUGAUCAGACCUAUCGUUUUCUUUCCGACUGUAAUAGUUAUGUUCCAAGCCAAAAUGUUCACGGAAAGAAACAAAGAGACUUUAUUCAUUUGCAUGGACCGGAAACCAUGCUUCGCCACUGAUUCUAUUGCGGCCUCAAGAAGCUGAGGAGAAUGGUGCUGCUGCGAGAGAACACGUUCGAAGCAGUCUGGUGUCAUGAUCAGAAAUCUAGCAAGAAGCAGAUAGCACAGAUUACUACGGACUUUUUCUACAAGAUUGACUUCAGUGUUGAUGUAGUGAUGUAAUGUGUGCAGCGCCGGUUGUUAGGGAUGUGAGGCUUUGUGAUUGCUGACUCUUUUUAGCGCCUGAGCUUCUUCAACUGAUAUUCUGAAAUCGCAUAGACGAUUACCGGGUCUUUGAAAGAGGUUUAUUUAACAUUUUUUGUUUUGCAUCCAUCAUAUGAAUAGUUAAAUCUUCAUAACGAAAGGAAAGCCUGUUCUGUCAAGUAUCUUCUUAAUUUUCGACUUUCUGUCGGUUGUCUUUGUGCUUCUAUUACCUGAGUGCGCACGCUUAAUAAAUUUACAAAAAAAGAAACAA